CAGUACUCGCUCGGCUUAAGUUAAAACAGUCAAAGUCGGUCCGCGAUCAACACGCGACGUCGUCGUCCUGGCCUUCCUCCUCGCGCAAUACGCGCGCGCGCUCUUACUUAACUACGAACUUAAAAGUCUUGCCGCAGAGUUAGUUUUCAGUUAGUCUCAGACUUGAGUCAGCUGGAGUCUGUUAAAAACUCGGUCGCUGCAUUUUUCUUACGGUGCAGCGCGUAAAGUGCGCGCGUGAAAAAUAUCGAUUCAUCAAUAAAAUUUCGUUUUCAAACGUACGCGGACAUAGUUUUUUGUUUUUUUUCUUUAAAUUUACUUUUUCUUCUUCCAUAUCUCAUAUCGUAUCGCCGAAAGGACGUUGUGCGAUGAUGCAGGAGAUUGAACAAAUUACUGCGUGAUUUUUUUUUAUCGAGAUUUUAUCAUCGACCCUUCGUGGAUAUCAACAUCAAAACUGACCCAUGAUGGCGUUGUAUUUUUUACCGAAGAGUAUGGUGGUGAUCGUGAUCGUUGCGGCAACUUGCGCAUCGGUGACAUCGUCGAUUCACGAUAGCAACGAACAACUCCUUGAAAGAACCAACGAUGAGUCUAGUCAAAACUCGCAGGAAAAAGCUCACUCGGAAAUAGGAUACGCUACGAAGCUUUCGUCGUUGGUCAGAAAUGGCUCGACUACGGCGAAGCAAGAGAAAAAGAUAAUUCACAGACUGAUCGGGGGCCACGUGAAACUGCAUACCAAGGUAGCAGCGGAGGCGAAAGAUCAGCGGGAAAAUAUAUCGGCGGCCACGUGGGACGACGGUCUUAUGAUGUCAGCGGCCGGCAAUGGGAAAGAAAAAACAUCGGUAACCCGUCGCGACGACGAUGACGAAGAGAAAAAGACUCUCUCGCAGCAAGUUAAAGAAGGCAAGUACGGUCUGAUACAAAACGAGAUAUAUCCAACGCCCCCGAAGAGACCGGGAAUCAUAAGCUACCUCAGUAAUCCCGAAGUGCCAAAGGAUACCGCGAAGAAUUUAGGGGGACUCGACGAAGAGGAGAUAUGGCUGGCGGAGAAUCAUUUGCUCGUACUUCGCGGUGGGAAUUUUCCUGACCACGGUGCAAAACCGGAAAGUAACGGGGGUAAAUGGGCACCGAUCGACGAUUACAAGGCGCCGGAAAGGCAGGUCAAAAUACCGGCAAGGCCCAAUGUACCACCGCCCUUUCCGGUCCAGCUCACUGAAGGGGGGCCCGUUCAGAUUAUCAGAGCAAACGGGUCCGCUUCGAUCGUCAACGAUACCGCCGAUUACGACGAGUACGCAAAUUAUCCGGAGGGCUUUUUCCCAGGGGAGGCGCCGUUUUACCCGUUUCCGUCAAACACCUCGAAUCCCUCGAAACUAGAGUAUCCCGAAAAUUCUACCGAGAGCAACGAAUCGUAUCUUCCACCAUCUCCGGGUAAGGGGGGAACCAUAGGACCGUUUUAUCCUGCCCUGCCACCGGGCGCUGUGUUUUUACCUCCUCCGAACAAUCAAUCGGACUAUGAAGACGAGGACCAAUCGAUUUAUUACCCUCCACCCUACAGUUUCUUCUACCCUCAGAAUAACGCUACCGCCAUACCACCGGGACCUCUGGUUCCGGGAAUAAUUUUACCGCCUCCGCCCAACUUCUUCGCACCCUUGGAAUCGGAUAGGACGUCGACGACGAAGAGUAAAUAUGAAAAGCAAACUACGACCACGGUAUCUCCGGAAAAAACGACUACGUACACCCCUCGUCGUAAGACGGUAACGAAACCUUAUAAAGUCCGUUUCUCCACGACGACACCGACCACACAAACGUACGUUACCGCUACCAACCCGACCACUAGAAUUCAAUCCCAGACUGUAAAGACCAUCGGUAAAACGAAGAGCAGACACUACGGCGUUACCUCAUCUCCGAUCAGAGUAACGCCGACGGUCCCAAUUAGCACCCAACGUUAUAUCGAGACCACGACGUCGAAGCCGUCCAAACCAACAACUAUCUCUCAAAGCGACUAUUACGACGUUCAAACUGAAGUCGAAAACCAUUUGGUAGAUUUGGGCGAACCGCAGGGGGGUCAGUGGUCGGCAAUUGUGGGUAGCACUUCGGUUCCCCUAUUGGCAUACUACGCGACAACUAUUUCUCCCUCGGAGCGCACUCGAAGUACGGAUGAAAUCACACCGGUCAAUGCGAAGGCCACUAUUCCUUCGAAGAACCAAGCUUCUUAUUACUAUUACGAAGAAACCGCGAACGAGGAACCGAUCGGUACCACCACCGCAUCGCCGCCGGUUUAUUACAAAACGAGCACGGAAUCUCCCUAUUACAACGUGGAGCCGAUAACGUCCCAGCGCCAACCGAAAAAACAGUAUUACAGCGUCGAGACUAUACCUUCGCAGCAAACAGCUAAUGAUUACGAUAUCAAAUUGAGUUCAUUGGUCAAAGUUGGACCAGAUUAUAACGAGUUUUCUGAUGUGGAGCCGGUUUCGAGCCCGAUAAAAUACAAUGUCGAACGACCCAGGUCACAAAGCCCGCAUGCAUUGGGCCAGAAUUCUCAGAGGUAUUAUCAGCCCAUAUCGUUAAAUGCUCCGGCGACGAUAAGACCGUAUUAUACAACACAAAGACCCCGAUUUUAUUAUCAAAACCCUCCGAACCAACAAUAUGAUUAUAGAGCUGAACAGGAAUUAAAACCUAAUCCAGUCUAUCAAUAUAGUUACGAAGCAACUGAUUACGCGAAAGAACGUCAACGGCCGAAUUAUCAUCAAGAAUUACAGCAAGGCUACAACGAUUAUCAGCCUACGAGUACCAACGGCCAGUAUUACGACUACGAAACGCGACCGGUUGAAAAAUUGCCGAAAUCACCGCGGAAUCCGUACCUGGCUCAUCGACCGUCCUAUCCCACAGCAACUCCGAGACCCCAUGCUAAUACGAGUCCGAAUCCACAGCAUGCUUAUUAUACCAAACAAGAUGAGCAACUUUUGGACGAUGUAACAAAACAGUAUUUCACUAUUUUCGGAAAGAAGUUACCCGAGACUGUCUUACCGAGCACCACACCUCUGUACAGAGUACCCAGCUCCACUACGGAGACUCCGAUCAGUCAUAAUGUUAACACGUACGUAUCGAAUAGAUACAACAACGCUCUUCAACCUCCGCAGCGUUUUAAGCCACCGAAAGUUAAAGUGCAUUACGGGGACCAAACACAGAGACCUUAUUCCUUGGAAGGUGAUACUCUAGUGAAUUAUAAGAAUCCUCUACCAGAGAUAAACCCGGACGCGGAGUUCAUUCCUGUGAAUAAACCGCGAAGGUAUCCGAACCCGCCGAUAUCGUUAGCAAACGACAUCGCAGUGAACUACCGAGAUCCUAGACCACCGAUCAACCCGGAUGCGGAAUUCAUUGACCCUGUACAAGGACAGGGUAAUCAAGGGACUAGAAGUGGCUCCUACUUUGCGUAUCAAUUGCCGGGAAAUGGAGGACACUUUUACUUCCUCACACCGCAAGCAAUUGCACAGAGGCAAGAUAUCAACGGUGGAUAUAUUUAUCCGAAACCUAAUGUACCGAGGUUUAUAAGACGUCGUCGAGGUCCGUCUGAGGGUUAAAGAACAGAUUUGGACCAAAAGGCAGUCCCAAAAUGCCAUACUGACAAUAUUGGAUAUCGGAAGAAUUGGGUGUCAUACGUGCAGUUUGCUGUAUCAGCACAACGAUCCUUAAUAUUUAUUUUUGUAUAUAUAGGAAAUUAAGUUAAUUAUUAUUACUAAGAUCGUUCAAUCUCUAUUUAUAUGAACAAGCUUCCUUGUAAGAAAUAGAUACGUUUCAUCAACCUCACGAUAUGAUCGUUAUUACGAUUGUGAUUCAAUAUUCUAUUUGCAUGUUAUCUGUGAUUAAAAUAUUAAAAAAUAACAAUUGAAUCGAAUCUCUCGUUAUCAUUGCGACGAAACAACAAAGACUUCAAUAAAAUGUAUAACUUGGAUAAGAA